AUGUCCUCUCCUACCUCCCCAAGCUCUCCAAGAUCGCCACAAAGUACCGGUGUAUACUUCAAUUCGAAUCCGCUACCUUCGCCUUGGCAAAAUAAGCUCAACGAGCAUUGCAGAAUAUAUAGGAUAAAAACCCCAGUCUGGACUGUGAUGUCGGAUAAACGAGGUGGUCGAACAGCCUGGUCAAGCUCCGUCGCAAUCGAUACUAAAAUUUUUCCCGCCCGGUACUGGUACGACGGGCAGUACCUAAACAACGCGAAGGAGGACGCCGCAGAGGUCGCAUUACAGUGGGUGCAGAAGUAUUUGAACUCCUCUCCAUAUGGACACAACUAG